GUUUCUCUUAACGCUGCGCCGGAUCGCAUCCUCUCCUUGUCCGCAAUUUUCAUCAUGCGCUUCACAUCUCAGUUUGUCGCAUUCACAAGCAUCUGUACGAUCAUCGCUAUCGUACUUCCACCCCCAGCGGAUGCUGCAUAUAUUGCAACCCAUCCCAGUGGCAACCGGGUUGCCACUGCGUAUGAGGCUGAUAAGCCCCGCACUAUCAUUUCACUUCCGAGGCUGACUGCUGGACAUGUUCCCAACAAACCCUCCAAGGGCAAAGGGAAGUUGAUCACCGAUACUCCUAGCUCGAGGUUCUUCAGGUUUUCCGAUUCCGACUCAUCGAACCCGCUGGCCGGAAUUCUGGGUCUUGACUUUUCUCAUGUUCACGGUGAUGAUGUCCAUCCACCUUUCUCGCUGCGCGAUGCAUCUUCACGUCGUCCUACUCCUCUCUCUCGCCGCUCGUCUGCUCUCGUCCAUGGUGCAGGCGGAAAUAACUAUCUAGUCUCUAGGGGAGCAGCCUGCACGCGUUCUUCAAAACGAAGGCUGGGUCGACGCGGUACUUCCGGUCCUGUUUCUGGGAUAAUUGACAUUGUGAGCGGAGAGCAAGGCCGGCACCUCGCAUCUCUUGCCCUCGAUCCUUCGACAUAUAACUCCACCAAUACUACGUCUACCAACUCGACCAGUAGUGAUGGUUCCUUCCCUCUCAAUGCGUCGAGCACAAACGGGACGCAGUUCUACUUGGUCGACGCUAAUGACAGCUCAUUCAGCGACCCUGCAAACACGACGAAGCACGUUAUGGUUCAAACUGAUAUCUUCGAUUCCCUCUACUGCGCGACUUUUGACCCGAAUCCAUCUGGGCCUGAGCCAAUGACGAUGGAGAUGUGCCGUCCGUCCGAAUCAGAAAAUGACGUCAAAAACCUGGAUUACUCAUAUGCCAAUGGCAUGGCGCCUAUCGUCGACUACACCGUAUUAGCCGCGGAUCCACACAAGAGCCAGAUCUUCGAGUACAAUCCCUCUACUGGUGUCAUCAAGCCAGUCUGGACGAACAGCGACGGCAGCACUUCCUCGCAUGCGAUGUUUGUUGAGCGGGAUGUUACGACUUCUUCUACCACUGGCUCCAACACGAUGUCAUCCGCCGGAUCUAGUACCACCAGCUCCCCGUCUGCGCCUCAGCCCACCACUUCCUCGUCUGCACCGGAAGCACAGAACGUGACCCUUGUGUUCCGGCCUUCCAACCUGACGGUCUCUGCCCCUCCACCUUCUACCGAUGCUGCUGACUCGAGUGCGGUUGAUGUGGUAACGACGACGAUCACCACGACGGUUGUCUACACCGCCACUGCAACCCCGUCUUCAUCUUCAUCGUCCGCUGUUGGAAGCCCUGUGGCCGCUGUCGCUGCACUUACCGUGGCAUCUUCGUCAUGCUCGUCAACGUCAACAGCGUGCAGUUCGACAUCGACACCCUCUCCUGCUGUCCACGCUGCUGCUGCAGCUUCAAGCGCGGGGUCGCCUUCGCAAGCAACUUCCACGGGCUCCGCCAGCUCCACCACCACCCAAGCUACAUCGUCAUCAAUGCCACCCUCUCCUUCUGUCCAUGCUGCUAUCGUCGCCUCAAGCCCGGGGUCGUCAUUUUCUGAGGCAAGCUCCACAGACCCGGCGACUGGCGCCCAAGCGACAUCACCAUCGAUACCGCCCUCUCCAUCUGUCCACGCUGCUAUCGUCGCUUCAAUCCCGGGGUCGUCAUCUUCUCAAGCAAUCUCCAUGGGCUCGGCGACUACCAGUCAAGCGACAUCGACCUCGCAGCCCGUGAGAGGCUCGCUAGAAAUUGAGUUCGUCCCGAUCGCAGAUUCACCGUCUUCUGCGCCCAUUACUUCAUCUUCCCCGCCGUCCUCUUCCUCUUCCUCCACUUCCACUUCUCCCUCAUCAUCAUCAUCUGUAACACCCAGCCGGAUGAACGCGGCUGCUAUCGCUUCAGUAAUCGCUAACUCCCGCUCUAGUGCUUCGACUGCGAGCAACACUAACACGAGCAGUUCUUCUGUCAGUACAACAGUUGUGCCAACAACCACCGCAAAAUAG